UUCUCAUGCCCGAUUCGAAACCCCUCUCUUUUCGACUCGGUGUAUCAUUCUCAACAACCAAAAGAAAGGAACACGACACCUGGAGGAAACAUGUCUCAAUUUGAUCAGGCUCGUGAGGCAGCCUCUUUCUUGAAGCAAAGUUUACCUGCCACCUUACAAGUUCCUCGGGUCGCAAUUGUCUGUGGCUCUGGUCUGGGUGGUCUCGCGGACAGUAUUCGUGACACACCCCACGAGGAAUUUGAUUAUUCUUCUAUCCCCCACUUUCCACACCUCACAGUUCCUGGGCAUGCGGGCAAGCUUGUGUUUGGUCUGCUUGACAAAACAGUGCCUGCUGUGCUAAUGGUUGGCCGGGCCCAUUACUACGAAGGCCAUUCCAUUGAUAAAGUGACAUUCCCUGUCCGGGUAUUCAAGCUUUUAGGAGUAGAUACUAUCGUCUUGACCAACGCGGCUGGGGGUCUCAACCCAAAAUAUGCAGUAGGCGAUAUUGUACUACUGAAUGACCACAUUUUCUUAGCAGGGUUGGCCGGAAACCACCCAUUACGAGGGCCAAAUGUUGAGGAACUGGGACCGCGGUUUCCGCCUUUGUCUGAUGCCUAUGACUUGGAACUUCGUCGACAAGUACACGAAGCUUGGAAGAUCAUAGCACAUCCCAAAAGAAGCAGAGAAUUGCAUGAAGGCGUGUAUGCCUUUGUCGGAGGUCCGAGCUAUGAGACCAGGGCAGAAUGCCGCUUGCUCCGGGCGCUCGGGGCUGACGUGGUAGGCAUGUCGACCGUACCAGAAAUCGUUGUCGCCAGACACUGCGGAAUUCGGGUUUUGGGACUGAGCUUGGUAACGAACAAUGCAGUUCUUUCGCCCGUGCCUCGUGGAGAUGAUAAGGAGAUCCAGGGUAAAGGCGCCCAAGACCUGAACACAAUACUGGAAAGUGGUAAAGCGGACCAUGCGGAGGUCCUGGAGGCUGGCCGCGAUGCGGCUGUCGACAUGGAGAAACUCGUUGUACGAGUUAUGUCAACCGUCUUCGAACGUAGUUAGUGUCUAAAUCUUGGCUCUGCCCAGGGAACAAGCGGUCGUGGGUGAGCAGUAGGGUUUGACCUCAGAUCCAUGUCUCUC